GGCCCGCACGCGACCAUCCCUUUCGUGACCCGGAACACCCACUCUACCACCACCCCAUGAACCCCUACCACGACCGCAACCUGCCCCGCCCCCGCGAAGUGAACGGCUACCCGCUCUCGUCUUGGCGCUGGCAGCUCAUCUGCCGCGAAUGGCGCGCCAUCAUCAGGCCCCGGCUCUGGCACACCGUCACGCUCGUCGAACGGCCGGCCUACGACGGGUUUUUGAAGCUGCUCAAGGACCCGGAUAUACCCGGCUACGUGCGCGACAUCGAGAUGAAGGAAGGCUUUGAUAUGGACAUGUUCAAGGUGUACACGAUCAUGACCAGUCUGCCGCACGCGGAGCGGAUCGCGUACUCGCCCCGCCCCGUCGCGGCAUAUCGGCAGCCGUUCGGGAUAAACCUCGUCCCGUCCAACCCGGGCCCGACGUCGCUCACCAUCGGCGUCCCCUUCGACGAGGUCACGAACGAUACCACGCGCAAGCACCUCCAUAACCUGACCCGGCUCACGAACCUCAACAUCCACGUCCUCCACCUCACGCCUGCCAUGGCCGUCUUCCUCCGCUCGCUCACCCAGGUUCGCUCGCUGACGCUGACCGUCUACGCCUUCUCGUUCCAUGCGCUCGAGGCAUUCACCUUCGCAAACAUGCCGCCCUCCUCCCACACCAUAUCGUCAAAUGGGGACGGGGAGGGACAGGAACACGGACAGGGGCUAAAGGAGCUCGUGAUCUUCGCGCUGCGUAUCAUGGAGGGCCAGGCGGAUGCCAUACGCGAGUUCAUCGCGCGCGACCCACAUCUGAGCCGCAUGUGCACGAUGUACGCAGGGCGUGCGAAGGACGCCAAGCUGAUCUAUUCCCCGGAGAUCGCGAGGGCGGAGGAGGCGGCUGUUGCCGGACCGAGCGAGAAGGAACAGGGGGAAGGAGCGAAAGCUACGAAGGACGGAGAGAGCAAGAACGACCAGGAGCAUUGGGAAAGGACGACGAAGGUGAAGUUCCUUGGGGGAUUGGUGGAGCUGACGAUGGAGAGCCGCAAGUGAGGGAAACGCUGAACACAGACGAGCGACGAAUAAACACAAACGACGGAACCAUCGAUCAAUAGGACAUGGUACAUUACACGCGGUACUGGUUAAUGGUUUGUAUCAUAAGUAACAAGGAAUAUAUGUAUCG